AUGCUUUCACAUCAGUAUGGUCUAGAGCGCUCCCAGCGAUUCUACGACACGCGGCCGAGUCGAAAGGCCCUCACUCUUCAGAGGCACCGGGACAGUUGCAAUCUGAGUAGCAAUAGCUUUUAUUCCCUUCAUGAGGUCGUUAUUCAAAAACAAAGAAAAGAAGACGUGGCCGCCUUCACCACCCGAAACCUGCCUAUUCCAUCUCUAGCACAUACGCUUCAUGCCAGUAAACCGCCUAGACUGUGGUCCCAAGUCGAAAAAGCGCCGGCAAGAAACUGCCCAUCGAGGCCAGCGCGAUCGUCCCCACCUGAGGAUCAUGACAGGCAGGGAUCCAAGACGCGCGCCGUGCCGCAGCCCGUGAAUUCAUCAGACAUUUACAGCCAUGAUGAGGCGUUUCGAGACAAACAGAGAAUGGUAAAUCGUAAUCUCGUCGGCGCGUCACGCAGAGAUGCCCUAUGGACUUCUAUGCUGCGCUUCGACACUGCAAAUGCGUAA